AUGAAGAACCAUAUGGAUGGCUGGUUUUACUCACCAGCGCAGAUAAAACGCUAUCUCGCGACCCGCAUUACGAGCUUGCAACCUCCUAGAGCCAAGAUUGAUAACCCUAUUCGGGUACUGCGGGAAGUCAAUCGUCACCAAUGGCUCAUGUUCAGCCUCGGAUUCAUCGCAUGGGUUUGGGAUGCUGUCGACUUGCUGUGCCUCACGGAAAUCGCCGAGGAAUUCGGAGUGGACAAUGCUGCAGUAUCAUGGGGAAUCACUGUAUCAUUGAUGCUACGUUCCGUUGGAGCAUUAGUUUUCGGCGCAUGUUCGGAUCGGUACGGAUGCAAAUGGCCUAUGAUGGUUGCCCUCCUCCUCUUCGUUGUUCUUGAGCUUGCCUCAGGAUUCUGUCAAACGCUUUCCCAGUUCUUGGCUGUACGAUCGCUAUACGGAAUUGCCAUGGGAGGCAUGUUUGGACCUGCUGCGAGCACCGCACUAUCCGAUCUACCGUAUGACGCGCGAGGUGUCUUAUCCGGCCUAUUUCAAAAUGGCUACUCGACAGGCUAUCUUCUUGCCUGUGUUUUCUACAGGGCUUUGGUUCCAACUACAUCAUACGGAUGGAGAAGUCUUUUUUGGUUUGCUGCGGUCCCGCCACUACUAAUCAUGGUGUUUCGAUGGUACAUGCCCGAAACCGACCACUUUCAGGCUAUGAAGGCGGAGCGUGAGAUGAAUGCUUUGGCAGAACAACAAACGGAUUGCGAGCUGGACUCUACUUGGCGUGGUCGUUUUCACAAAAUCGCCGCUUUUGCUAGAGAAUCUGGCAAGGAAGUCAAGAAGAACUGGGUCUUGCUCAUCUUCAUGGUCAUUCUUAUGACCGCUUUCAAUUCUUGCUCCCAUGGGAGUCAAGAUUUCUUUCCGACAUUCCUGAAGAGUCAAGCGGGAUUCAAUUCUUCUCAGGUCGUCAUCAUAUCCGUGGUUGGACAACUAGGAUCCAUCACAGGUGGGACCAUUCUUGGAUACAUCAGCAGCUUCUCUGGCCGACGUCUCAUCAUGCUCAUUGCAUGCGUGUUCGGAGCAGCUCUUGUGCCGGCGUAUAUUCUGCCCCGAAGCAUGGUCCUAGUAUGCACAGCGUUCUUCGAACAGGCAUUUGUGGGCGGUGUCUGGGGCCCUGUGCCUGUUUAUCUCAUGGAACUGGCACCUGCUACCUUGCGAACAACUGUCGUAGGCUUGACAUAUCAGCUAGGCAAUCUCGCCUCAUCCGGCUCCGCGACGAUCCAGGCGAUCAUUGGUGAGAAGUACAAACUUUCUCCUGGACCUUCGGGGCAGCAGAGAUUCGAUUAUGGAAGGGUCAUUGCCAUUUUCAUCGGGGCGGUUUGGGGUGUUCUUUUUCUACUCCUUCUACUCGGUCCAGAAAUGACCGAAAGUGAGCGCCAGGAAGAGGCACAGCAUACUCGGGACCGCACCGAUGACAGAAUCGAAGAGACUGUCAAAAAGGACGCUCGGCACAUUGAGAAAGCCAUUGAGUAG